AUGGACAUUCCCGAGUUGCUGCUGAAAUUAUUAAGUGAUAAUUCGAUUGAGGCACGAAAUUAUCGAAAUCAUAUCCGGGAAUAUAAUUCUGCUCUUGCUUUUGCAUCAUUUGGAGCUCGCAUAAAGCCACCUCCUGGAAAUGGACCGUAUUUUUUUCGGAUUCAUGGUCAAAUUUAUCAUAUGGUGUCACCUUUGUAUAGCAAUGAUCAAAAUAAUGCUGGAUACGGGCAGCUGUAUAUUUUUGAUUCAACUGAAGCUACCAACAGACGCAUUGAAAACAAUACUGGAUAUUUACGCUCUGUAAUGGAACAAUUAGAUAGUCUAUUGAGGCAAAUUAACCCUUUUGCUGCAUCAUAUCUUCAGAUGCAUCAGUUUAUUCAAUUAAACCCUGCAGCAGAUGUAAACUUAGUUUUUAUGGAAGAUCCCCCUUCAGAUCUGAGACGGUAUAAUGCUCCCACAUCAAAGACAGAAGUUGCUGCCAUAUUCGUUGGAGACAAUGGGGAACCUCCAUCUAAUCGAGAUUUGUGCAUCUAUCCUGUUGCAGACUCUUGCAAAACUAUUUCUCCUAUGAAUCCAUGCAUUGAUCCAAUGGUCUAUCCACUUCUCUUUCCACAAGGAGAUUGUGGUUGGCAUGCUGAAAUGGAGAGUGGAUGUACAAGAGCGGCACUUGCUAUCCGCAGUGAGUUCAGCCUUCUUCAUAGCAGUGGAAAGCUCUUUCAGCAGUUCAUCGUUGAUGUUUAUGUCAGAACAGAAGGUUCCAGAUUGAACUAUUUAAGAUUGAAUCAGAAAGAUUUACGUGUUGAGUUAUAUCAAGGUCUUUUGGACGCUCUUCAAAGUGAAGCCCACUCAAACAAUGUAAAGUUAGGGAAGUUGAUCAGUUUGCAAUCAACCUUUCGAGGAUUUCCUCGCUCCAUGCAACAAAAUUAUCAAGAUGCCAUGGCAAUUGUUAGAAAAUUUGGGCGACCAGAUAUUUUUCUAACUUUUACAUGCAAUCCAGCAUGGCCAGAAAUAGCGAGUGCUCUACAAAGACACCAGCGUCCUGAAAAUAGACCCGAUAUCAUUGUUCGUGUCUUUAAAUUGAAAUUGACAGAACUUUUGGAUGAUAUUUUGAAACGUCAUGUAUUUGGUAAGGUUAUUUCAUUUAUUUUUGUUAUUGAAUUCCAAAAACGUUGGGUUACCACAUGCCCAUAUGCUGUUGACAUUGGAUUCUGCUGCUAA